CACAAAGCUUCCACGAUAGCUUUGGUUGCACUUUAUACAGAGCCUUCUCGCACCUCUAAUAUCCAAAUUCCGGUGUGCUGCAAUGUUCUAGACAGAGACACUUCCUCCCGUCUACGUUAUGUGGCGUGAUCGAACCAACCUUUACAUUUCGUACCGGCAGUCGUAUUCCCAUCAUCCUGCAAAGAAACCACGCUUUGGGGGUCCAUCGUCGAAUGGCUUUACUGAUAAUGGUGGUAUUGAUGAGGAGCGACGAGGACUCAUGUCUGCCGGUGCCUUCGAAGACGAUGGGGACGCAGUGAUAGAGAUGGACAUCUUGCCUCCACGCUGGCUCGACAUUCAGGACGAGGUCACCGAGAAUCUCACGAAUAUCGCCAGACAGACUCGGCGGCUUGAACAGCUGCAUCAAAAACACGUCCUGCCAGGUUUUGAUGACGAGGACGUCAAAAGGCGAGAAGAGCGCGAGAUUGAACAAUUGACACAGGAGAUUACACGAGGUUUUCAGAGCUGUCAAAAGGCGAUCAAGCGAAUCGAAACUAUGGUACGGGAGAGUCAACAGCAAGGGACGAUUUCAAAAAGCGAAGUAACAAUGGCGAUCAACCUGAAGAUCUCUCUAGCAACUCGCGUGGGCGAAGUUAGUUCGCUCUUUCGCAAAAAGCAAUCCACAUACUUGAAGAAGCUGAAAUCACUGGGUGGACUCGGGACGCCUCAGCCUACGUCUCGGACAGGUACGCCCUUCCAGAAUCCAUAUACUGACCCGUCACUUGCGGAGUCGGAGGCCGAUCGAUCACUUGGCCAAUCGACAUUACUUCAGACGACCCAGAAACGAGCAACAACGAAUGACACAAUGAUUGCACAGCGCGAGCGGGAGAUUGAAGACAUUGCUCAGGGUAUCAUCGAGCUUGCAAAUAUCUUUCAAGACCUACAAGCCAUGGUCAUCGACCAGGGUAGCAUGCUUGAUCGCAUUGAUUACAAUGUUGAGCGCAUGGCAGUUGACAUCAAGGGUGCAGACAAAGAGCUGAUUGUGGCGACCGGCUACCAGAAACGUAGUGUCAAACGCAAGAUUAUGCUACUGCUCAUUAUUGUUAUCGCAGGAGUCUUCAUACUCCUGUCGCUAAAGCUAAGUAGCAAGGGGUCUUCGAGCACGACACCAACACAGCUGCCACCGUCGCAGGUUGAUGAUGCGAGCCUCAUUCCACGAAACACCAUUGCGUCAUAUCGAGUCGAUCUUGGAACAGGAUGCCGGAAAGCAUGGCAACGGCGAAAGAGGCGGUCACGAUCACAUGACAUGAAGUAUUCUGAACAGUUUUGAGGUUUGCGAGCUUCUGUUGUAACAAUCUAAUGAUAAUCAUAAACAUCCAAGAUGACCUGUGUUCUUUCAUGCUCCCACCCAUACUAACACUUCAUCAAAUAUCCA